UUCUUCCUCCAGCCUUAAUCUUGAGCGCUCAGCUCUUGCUAGAAAGCGGUUUACAUUGCAAGGUCUUUCCAACCGUAGAGCGCCACCCAAAGAUCCAGAAUCUAAAGAGAGAGACGUUACCCGUCGCUUUUCCUUAGCUUCCUCCAUCAGCACCACAACUAACACAUCUGCUCUAACCAAAGUUAAAGUCAAGAGGCAUGAAAUUAAAAGUGACCCAACUCCUCUAGGGUUUGAAGAUGCCUUUGCAAGAAACAUCUUGGCUCAAGCUAAAUGCAGCGCUGUUAUUCCGCCUACAAGAUCGGUACCUAGAUCUGCUUCACAGACAGGAUGGCCCACCCGGCAGAUGCCUUCUCUAGAUACAUUUGAAGAUUUUGAAGCGAUCCCAUCCAGUGCUGAGGAACUUUCUAAUUCUUCAGAUAUGGAGGAGGAAAGCCAACCUAACAACGGAUCCAGUCUUUACCGGGUAGAAGGCAAUUUUGACACCUGUUUCCCAGAUUCCCUUACUCUAGAGGAUGGAGAUUUAGUGCAGUUUAUACAGGAAGGCGAAGAUGGACAAUGGUUAGUGAAGAAGCUGGUUUCUGAGAAAACGGAUUGGGUCCCUUCCAGCCUGCUACAGCCAGCAGAGGGGGAUACCAACACCAUCUACAGAAUCAGCUAUGCCGACAUGUACCAUGGGACCUACGGGACUGCCUCCACAAACUCUGAAAUCAAGGCGAGUGAACUGGCUAGAAACCUAACAGCUGAACAGAAAGCUGGGAGCUGAACACCCCCUCAGGACUCAAUUUCCUUCUCUGUUUACUGGUGGAUGUUGGACCAAAAUCGCCUUUCCCAUAAGCUUUGAACUUCAGAAAUUGGUGAAAAUCAACGGCAUUUAACCACAACAACAGUUUAAAAACAACAGCAGAGCCCACACUACUUGAAAAGUUAGGAAAGUGGGAGGAUAAUUUAAACUUGAAAGCUGUCCUAGUAUUUGGCAAAUGCAUCGACAGUAUCCUUUUGUACACUGCAUUUUUUAAAAAAUAAUUGAAAAGGAUCUUGCCUAAAUUAGGCUAAAGGCAGUGAAAGGUUACUAUGCCCUCAAACUUGUGACCAUGUUCAGUGAAUGCUGGAUUUAUUUCAAGACAGAACUCUGGAUCCCCCUGAUAAUAUUCUAUGGCAGAAACCACCUCAGAUUUUUUUCAUCUAUUUGACCUGCUGCUUAGUCUCUCCUUGUUUUCCAUGGCCAGAUCCAUUGAUUAUCUCAGGACAAUCACAAACAGUGAGACCAACAGAAGUAGGUUGGGUGAUGGUCAAGAAGAUGCAGUUGCUGAACCUGAGCCAACCACGUUGCCUUUGUACAACAGGGAAGGGAGUGACAUAGUUUUGAUCUUCUUUCUGUAGGGUGUAUUGGGGCCAUUGGACAGAUGGGCGUCUUUUAAGUAUAGAUGAUGUAGGGGAAAACUGCCCCACGGCUACCCAGUUCUGGGGUAUGUUUUCAGGUUCAAGAUGGUGCCUCCCUCCUCGUAUAUAACUGAGGGGACCAAUUCCUUUGCAUUUGGUGCUGACAAUUCUGUCUGAUGCUGCCAGUUGGCAUUUUUCAUUUGAGCUGAAUGCGUGCUGGGGCAUCACCAUAUGCUGGGUCUAGAACCAGAUGCAGCAUCUCUCUGCUCCCUGCUCCCCCAGUUCAGUAUUUAAUGUCUCCCUGUAUAAUGCCUGCAAUAUGUUUAGGUACUUCCAAAUGGAUUUAUUGCUGAGAAGGAUGUAAUAAGGUCAUAUUCGUUUAGUGCCAUGCUGCCAUAUUUUAAGAAAGACUUUAUCUGUAUAACGACAGGUUUGCAGAAUAGGAGGCACUUGUAAGUUCCCUGGCAAUGGAGGGGUGAAAUAUAUAAAGGUAUUCUGCAUGAUGACUUUGUGAUGGUAAACGGGAAAGAAAGAUCCCAUAAAGCUGCUAGUAGUGUAAUGUUUGGGGGGAAAAUUGAUCUAUGAAUAGGGCUACUUAACGAGUGCUGUAUGUAAGGGUGUUAAAUGACGAGGAAUACAUGUAAUGCAACUCUGCUGCCACUUUUUGGCAUCUUGCUGGCUCCACAGAGAUGUCCUAUACAAUCUGAAAGCUGCCACCCAGACUCUUCAGUAGUUCAAGGGUUCUUGGGAUUGUAUGCUUAGAGCGUAUGCUACCUGGUUGGCCAUACCCGUCAACUGCUUGGGUUACUGGACAGCUGGGCUAAGCCUGGCCACAUUCUGGCCACAACUGAGAAUUCAUUGAAAUGUGAUAUCAAGAGAACUUUGCAAAAAUGCUGAUUUACCUGACACUGCUAUGGCUCCAAUCAUUGGCCAUUUCCCCAGAAAACCAGUCAAUAUGACAAUUCUAAUUUGAAUUUUCUAGUCUUUUACCGAUAUUUAUGCAUAAUAAAUAUUUAUAAAAUGGAUAUAGUAGGCAGAGUCGGUAACAGUCCAUUUUUCUUGUGAAGAAGUCCAUACUUCAUUCUGUUUUAUAAAGGGAAAAAUUAAACUAAGAGCUGAACUACAUGGCUAACACAUUCCUAUUGUCUGUUGCUGAAUCCCCCACCAAUAUAGAAUUAAAGAGGAGAAGAAAAGUAGUCUAAAUUCCAACACGUCAGCCAAAAAUGCUGAUCGUAUGCUUCAGCUCCAGGAGACAAGAGCUAGUACCUUGUUAAGGUUUUCCACAGAUGCGAGUAAAGUUACACAAGUGGGUGUACUAUUGGGUGAGGUGUUCAGCUGUUUGCACUCCUGUCGUUGUGCAUGUUAAAAUUCCCCAAAAGAUUUUGACCCAUGAUUCUUCCACAGCUAGCCGGGAGAAAAAAAAAUCUAAAUCCACAGCCUUCUGAGUCUAGUAGCUACAUCGUGCACUUCUACAAAGGUAUUCCUCAGACCCUCGGAUAGCAGGGCCACACAUACAGCACCAGCAUGACAUUCUCUACAGGUGUUCAAUGGACGCAUGUUCACAUUUUCAUGGAAACAGUAGGCUGAAAAUGCAGAUUAUACUGAGAUUUGCAGCUGCUGUCGUUGCAACUGUCCCGUUUUCAAGGGCCAAAGUAGCAACAGCUGCAGGUAGAUGGGUAUAUGCAUGCUUCCACUUCAUCUUAGAAUAGUUCAUCAUCAUAACUGCCAAUCUGGAAGGGACCCUAUGGAUCAAGUACAGCCCCUGUCAAGGAGGCACAGUAGGGAAUCAAACUCCCAAACUCUCGU